GGCCCAUCAUGCAAUUCGCUCGCCUCUACGGGUUAAGCCUGUUCUGAUUUUCAAGCCUGCCUCGGAAGAUGUCCGCAAUGGCUGCAUCUCAAAGACUCAGAGUCUCCGACGAUGCGUCCGAAUAAGACGGCAAGAGGAAGGAAAGAAGCGGUCCGAAGGGGGCCCGUUUAAGGUCCCGGAUCAGCAUGACCACCGGCUUCAGCUCCAGCUCCGUCCGCUUCGCUGAUUACUUCGUGAUUUGCGGACUCGACACCGAAAGUGGACUGGAACCAGACGAGCUGUCCGCAUUAUGCCAGUAUGUAGAGGCUUCUAGACACAGAGAUGGUGCCAGAGGAGAGAACUUGGGUGCAGAUGAAGGUGAGAACUUUGAACAGAGUCCCUUGCGGAGAACAUUCAAGUCGAAGGUUCUUGCCCACUACCCUGACAAUGUGGAGUGGAACCCCUUUGACCAGGAUGCGGUCGGCAUGCUGUGCAUGCCGAAGGGUCUGUGUUUCCGUACACAGCGGGACGCUGAGGAGCCGCAGUUCCACACGUUCAUCAUCACGCGGGAGGACGGCUCGCGCUCCUACGGCUUCGCGCUGACCUUCUUGGAGGAGGUGCGGUCAGCGCAGAUCUGCAGCGCCAUGCAGACGCUCUACCACAUGCACAACGCCGCGCAGUACGACAUCAUCCAGCAGGCCCCGCCCACUCCGCUCCACAUCCUCCCACAGGCCCCUCCCCUCGCGCCUCCCGAGCGCUCAGGCCCCUCCCCCUCCCGCCUGCAGCGCUUCAACUCCUACGACAUCACGCGUGACACGCUCUACGUGUCCAAGUGCAUCUGCCUGCUGGCGCCGCUGGCCUUCCAGUCGGCCUGCCGGAAGGUUCUAGAGCAGCUGCACCGGGCGUCCAUCUCGGCCCAGCCGCCGCCGCUGCCCCUGGAGAGCUACGUGUACAACGUGCUGUACGAGGUGCCGCUGCCCCCUGUGGGCCGCUCGCUGCGCUUCAGUGGCGUCUACGCACCCGUGGUGUGCCAGCGUCCCGGCGCCGCCGAGCUGCCACUCUUCGACUUCCCGCUGGCAGACGUCUUCCUGCUGCUGGGCGCCGAGAAUCUGCUGCAGCUCUUCACCUGCGCCCUGCUGGAGAUCCAGAUCCUGCUCUACUCCCAGCACUACCAGCGGCUGAUGGCGGUGGCGGAGAGCAUCACGGCGCUCAUGUUCCCGUUCCAGUGGCAGCAUGUGUACGUGCCCAUCCUGCCCGCCUCCCUCAUGCACUUCCUGGACGCGCCCGUGCCCUACCUCAUGGGUCUCCAUGCCAACGGCCAGCAGGACCGCUCCAAACUGGAGCUCCCGCAGGAGGCUAACUUGUGCUUCGUGGAUGUUGAUAAUCACUGCGUUGAGCUGCCAGAGGACCUGCCCCAGUUCCCUCAGCGGGGGGAGUUUCUGCAGGAGCUGACGGAGGCCCUGCAGCGCUUCAACCUGCCACCAGAGGGCAGUGCCACACCAAUCCCACACAGGCCGCGGCCACGCUGCCAUGACGACAAGCGCAACGGGAAUGUGGGCGUGGCUGCGCUAGACUCCGCCCUGCUGCGAGAGAACGCCACCAUCGCUCGGCUGCAGGCUCUCGUCAAGAAGACCGGCAUCAGCCUGGAGAAGCAGCUGGACAGUAAAGAGGAGGCUGAUGACGGUAAGGACAUGAAGCUGCAGUGCGACCCGGACGAGUGGUGGACGCAGCGUCUGAACAUCACGCUGCGCGAGGUGUUCGCCAACCGCUUCGCCCAGAUGUUCGCCGACUACGAGGUGUUCGUCAUCCAGCCCAGCCAGGACAAGGAGGCCUGGUUCUCCAACCGAGACCAGAUGCAGAACUUCGACAAGGCAUCCUUCCUGUCGGACCAGCCUGAGCCCUCCCUCCCCUUCCUGUCCCGUUUCCUGGAGACACAGACGUUUGCUUCCUUUAUCGACUCCAAGAUCCUUCACCAUGACGAUGAGGAGCAUGCGCACGCUCUGCGCUUGUUUGACGCGCGUGUGGACAAGGUGCGCAUGCUCAACGUGCGGACACCCACGCUCCAUACAGAGCUCUACCAGAGGGCCACACACAUCGAGGAGGCGGAGAGAGCCAUUGAGGCCCGUCUGAGGAAGAUUGACCACACGGCGCUGCAUCCCCACCUUCUGGACAUGAGGAUCGGUCAGGGGCGCUACCAGCCUGGCUUCUUCCCCCGACUGCAAGCAGACGUGCUGGCAACCGGCCCCAGUAGCAACAAAUGGACCAAGCGCAGUGCUCCUGCUCAGUGGAGGAGACGUGACCGUCAGAAGCAGCAUGCGGAGCAUCUCUACCUGGACAACGACCAGAGAGAGAAGUACAUUCAGGAGGCCAGGAACUUGGGCACCACUAUUAGGCAGCCCAAACUCUCUAAUCUCUCGCCGUCAGUGAUCGCCCAGACCAACUGGAAGUUUGUAGAGGGUCUCCUGAAGGAAUGCAGGACUAAGACCAAGCGGAUGCUGGUGGAGAAGAUGGGCAGGGAGGCGGUGGAGCUGGGCCAUGGGGAGGGCAGCAUCACUGGCGUGGAGGAGAACACACUCAUCGCCAGCCUGUGUGACCUGCUGGAGCGCAUCUGGAGCCACGGCCUACAGGUCAAACAGGGGAAGUCUGCCCUCUGGUCUCACCUGCUUCAUUACCAGGAGAGUAAAGAGAAGAAGGACACACCCUGCACCCUGGGCCCCCCUCCUGGUUUCAUUCAGGAACAGGAGAGGCGGAAGUCUGAUGCUGGUUGCAGCCUACCCCUCCUCAAGGUCUCUCUCAUUCAAGACAUGAGGCACGUGCAGCACAUGGGGGAGAUCAAGACGGAGGUGGGCCGCGCGCGUGCCUGGGUGCGUCUCAGCAUGGAGAAGAAGCUGCUCUCCACGCACCUCAAGCUGCUCCUGUCUGACCACGAGCUCACCAAGAAGCUGUAUAAGCGGUAUGCGUUCCUGCGUUGUGAUGAUGAGAAGGAGCAGUUCCUCUAUCACCUGCUUUCCUUCAACGCCGUGGACUAUUUCUGUUUUACCAAUGUCUUCACCACCAUCAUGAUUCCGUACCACGUGUGGGUCAUCCCCAGUAAGAAGCUGGGCGGCUCCAUGUUCACAGCAAACCCCUGGGUGUGUGUGUCUGGCGAGCUGGCCGAGACCGGAGUGCUGCAGCUGCCCAAGAACACACUGGACAUCACUUUUGAGUGCCAAAACCUGGGCCGUCUCACCACUGUCCAGAUGGGUCAUGAUAACUCGGGUCUCUACGCCAAGUGGCUGGUGGACAGUGUGAUGGUGCGCAACGAGAUCACUGGACAUGCAUACAGGUUCCCGUGCGGCCGCUGGCUGGGUAAGGGGGUGGAUGACGGCAGUCUGGAGCGCAUCCUGGUGGGGGAGCUGUUGUGCAGCGAGACAGAGGAGCGUCUGAGUCGCACGCCGCCCAUGCAGCCCUCACCAGGCAUGAUGCGCCGCCUAGUGGCCAUCUCGCCCAACAGCAAGCCGAAACUGAAUACAGGUCAGAUCCAGGAAGGAGUUGGGGAAGCGAUCAAUGGAAUAGUGAAACAUUUUCACAAACCAGAGAAAGAGAGGGGUAGCCUGACUCUGCUGCUGUGUGGGGAGUAUGGCCUUGUGUGGGCUCUGGAGCAGGUGUUCCUUCACGGCUUCAAAUCCCCACGACUCUUCAAGAACAUCUUCAUUUGGGACUUCUUAGAGAAGGCGCAGGUGUGUUUUGAGAGUGCGGAGCGUCAGCAGCAGCAGGAUGAGAACUGGCUGAGUCGCGCGCGGCUCUUCUGCCGGGUCAUGCGCGCCAUCAACGUCUCCCCCAGAAACAUCGGCAAGGACGGAAAGUUCCAGAUGCUUGUGUGUCUGGGAGCUCGGGACCACCUGCUCCACCAUUGGAUCGCGCUGCUGGCCGACUGUCCAAUCACAAUGCAGAUGUACGAGGACUCGGCGCUGCUGAAGGACCACUCAUUGGUCAACUCCCUCAUCCGCGUGCUGCAGACCCUGCAGGAGUUCAACAUCACACUGGAGGCCUCGCUCAUCAAGGGGAUCGGCCUCUGAGACUGGGACACACACACACACACACACAGAAACACACACACACACACAGAAACAC